AGAGAGACGGCAAGCGAAUAUAUGCAGCGAAUCUUUGGAACCUGUCGCCUUUGAGAAGGUCCAAGUGUCCAGCAGCGCCCGGACUGCAGGAAGAUCCUCGCCGAGAGCUGGUUCUCCGGGAGAAGGAGCCGGACUCUCUCUGUGCCGCACGCCGACCGGCCACCGCUAGUCCACGGGAGGGGAAGCAGCGCCGAGGUGCAUCAAUGAGCGGGCGAGGACUAUGGAGGUGAUGAAAGGUCUCGUGGGUGGAGAUGCCAACAUGACCACCACGCUCCAUCAGGGCCAGAUGAAGGCCACUGGUAAUGACAUGGACAACAGCAGCCUGGCCAACACCAGUUCCUCGCUCGGCGCCCCGGCUCCGUCUGGGUCCAUGGCCGUGCCCAUCUUCUCCAUGACGCUUGGGGCUCUGUCGAACAUCAUUGCCCUGGUCAUCCUAGUCAAGAGCUACACCAGGUUCCGCCGGAGAUCCAAGGCCACGUUCCUGCUCUUUGCCAGCAGCCUUGUGGUGACCGACUUUGCCGGGCACGUCAUCCCCGGAGCCCUGGUCCUCAGGUUCUACUCCGGGAAGGAGGAGGACAGCGCCAGCCCCACGUGCCAACUGCUGGGAGGGAGCCUGGUCUUCUUUGGCCUGUGCCCGCUCUUCCUGGGCUGCAUCAUGGCGGUGGAACGUUGCGUUGGCAUCACCAGGCCCCUCUUCCACUCGGCGGUGGUCACCUCCACCAGGUCCAAGCUGGUGGUGGGCAGCCUGUGGGUCACGGCGGGCAUCGUGGCCACUCUGCCCUUCCUGGGCGCCGGCAGGUACAGCAUCCAGGAGUCGAAGACCUGGUGCUUCAUCAGUAAAGGACCUCGCUUGAACUGGAUGGAGGACGGCUUUGCCUUGCUCUUCUCUUUCCUGGGAGUGACCACUCUUCUCAUCUCCCUCAUAUGUAACACCAUCAGCGGCGUGUGGCUGCUCUUGGCUCGCAUCAAGAAGAGGAACUGUAACCGCAGAGCAAAGUCACACGACAUUGAAAUGGUGGUCCAGUUAGUCGGGAUCAUGGUGGUUUCCUGUGUCUGCUGGAGCCCCCUGCUGGUGUAUGUGUCGAUUAGUCGGUUCCAUAACAGCGGGGAGUAUGCUUGGUUAAGCCUACUGGGUGUGAGGAUGGCUUCGUGGAACCAGAUCUUAGAUCCCUGGGUCUACAUCCUUCUCCGCCGGGCGGUGCUGAGGAAGAUCUACCAGGCGCUGUUUCAAAACAUGGACGUCAAGAACAAGCACGACCGGUGGAACAAUAGCUCGUUCCAGAGCUCUGAGCGGAGUAUGGUCAAAAGGAUUUGAGUGGAGAAACUCUGCUCGGCCUUUGUUGUGUGGAAGUCGGCCACUUGGACAUGUCAUCCAGGUUCCUGGGAAGACCUCGGGAAGAUCUCCGACCAUCUGGGAAAGGAUGGGAGAUGGGAAUUGGGCGCCGAGGAACAUAUGAAGGAAAGGGUGACUUUGCUGGUCGUUAGAACAAGUGAGAUUCAGUCUCCCCCCCCCUGGACUGGACCGGUCGGGAGCUGAAUGAGAUCAGAAGGAUGUGGCGGAUGUGAGGGUUUGGGGUUUAGGGGUAAUCGGGUGGAGUCAGGACAUUGGACAUUUCAUUCUUGGACCAGACUGACCCUAGAGGAGGUAGAUACAAAACGCUGGAGUAACCCAGCGGGUCUGGCAGCAUCUCUGGAGAGAAGGAAUGGAUGGUAUUUCGGGUCAAGACCUCUUCAGACUCUAUUUAGUGUCUAUCUUCGGAAUAAACCAGCAUCUGCUGUUCCUUCCUACACUACUCAAGGAUGUCCCUCCAUCUCUCUCUCAGGUUGUGCCAUAGAGAAAGACUCCUCUUGUGUGAACGUGGUCAGGUACGGGAGUGCUGUUCGUGGAUUUUUAGAAUCAAGUUUAUUGAAGAGUCAAAAAGUAUCAACCUUAAGAUCGACACAAAAAGCUGUCUAUCUUCGUUUUAGACUGGGCAUCAACAGUUCCUCCCUACGAAGUGUCAACCUGCUGUCUGACCCCACGUUUCCCCUUUACGGAAUGGCAUGAGUGAGUUAGUGGGUUUGGGAUGUGGCAGGGAACUGGAGCGCCCGCUUAGGACCCCCCGCUCCAGGGAAAGUUGGGCGUGAAGGUAGACGUGGGCAAGGGACCUCCAGCACCUCUCCAUCCCUGAGCCACUGCCCCCUAUCUGUUAAUGGCCAAGAUAGACGCUGGAGUAACUCAACGGGUCAGGCAGCAUCUCUGGAGAGAAGGAAUAGGGCCGAGACCCAUUUUCAGAGCGAAUAGGUGAGGUUUCUAGUUGAGACCCUUCUUCAGACCAACAUGAAUGACACCAGAUCUGCCCUUGUCCCUUCCCGGUGAUGCAAGACGCUGGGACUGGAGAAAUGUUAGACAUUGAGGAGUAGCCCCGUGAACCAGCGGGAGAGAGUUUGGGGGUUAGUGAUGAGCUGGAAGUCGGGGAAGAUCACAUACAUCUACCUUGUCGGAAAUUGGCCACUGAUGACUGGAGAUUAACUAGCGGAGAAGCCAGCGUUAGGUCUGGCCAUCCUCAUAGGUUGCCUUGGCUAUAAUCUGAAUGGGACAGUGUGCAAACGGUUACUUCGUCCCACCGAGUCCGUUCUGACCAUCGAUCACCAGUUCACACCAGUUCUCCGUUCACAUCCACUCCCUGCACAACAGGGGCAAUUUUCACAAAGGGCCGAUAAACGCACAAACCCGCACGUCUUUGGGAUGUGGGAGGAAUCCCACUGAGUUUUCCCCAGGCGUUCCAGUUUCCUCCCACACUCCUAAGACGUGCUGGUUUGUGGGUCCAUUGGCUGAGCUAAAAAUUGUAAAAUGUCCCAAAGUGUGUGUUGGAUCGUGUUGGUGUGACAUCUCCUUCCUAAAGUAACGUUACAUGACCAGAUGAACUCUAUUGUUACAAAACUCCCUGGCAGAUAACUUCCACCCUUGUCUUAAGAUAGACUUAUAUUCCUCACAGAAGGAGGGAUACAGAAGGAACCACUGUUUAGGAGAAAGCUCUAAGCAAAGAUCAAAGAUGCGCUCUGUGAUCUUUGGGCCCAAGUACGCGAUCAGUCGACAUGGUGACUUCAUCUAGGACUGUUAUAUCAUUGCACUUUAUUUUGCAAGUGUAGCACUUAGAAAUAAAUAUUGAUAUUUGCUGCCAUCUCAGCACUGUUUAUUCUGUGUAGAGUCGAUCCAGGAAUGUAAUAAGAAUUUCAUCUGAAAGAAUUUCAGAGGUAACAAUAUUUAAGAAUUAUUGUAUAAAGGUUUUUUAAAAAUAAAUAUAUUGUGCCAUGUAUUUUUGUAUUGUGCGCCGUUUAGUCAGUGCUUCGAUGUAAAUUAAUAAAAGUUUUCAUCAGAGCAA